CUAGUCCGGCGGGCACGCAACCGGCUGCCCGUUUUUACAUUAAAUUGACCUUAUUUAUACAAAUCUGAUCUUGAAAGUGAGGUCGAUAAACUCUUACGACACUAUAGUCGUCACCCAAGUUGAAAGCCGGUUUUUCUUUAAUUGUGUUUAUGGGACGAUCAUAACAGCUGAGAAGAUGGUGGAAGUUAAAAUAACAGAAGACAUAAAAGUUGGCGGUAACAAUCCGUGUUUUAUUAUUGCGGAAGUCGGACAAAACCACCAAGGUGACAUUGAAAUAGCGAAAAAGUUGAUAAAAGCAGCAAAGGAAGCUGGCGCAAGUUGCGUCAAAUUUCAAAAAACAUGUCUCAAAGAAAAAUUUACAAAAAAAUAUUUAGAACGACCAUAUAAUACACCUAACUCAUGGGGUAAGACUUAUGGUGAACACAAAAGUCACUUGGAGUUUUCGGAGAGUCAAUACAGAGAGCUAUUUAAGUAUGCCCAAGAGGUCGGCAUACUAUUUACAGCUUCAGCCAUGGACAUGGUGUCUUUCGACUUCCUGGUCAAUAUAAAGGUCCCAUUUAUAAAAAUUGGAUCUGGCGAUUCAAAUAAUUUACUUUUCCUCAAGUAUGCAGCGUCAAAAAAUGUGCCUCUUAUUAUAUCAACUGGAAUGGUGGAUAAAGAGGCCGUGAGAACCAUUUACGACAUAAUAUCGGCUCAACAUAAGCAGUUCUGUUUGCUUCAUUGCAUAUCAGCAUAUCCCGUACCUUACGAAGACUGCAAUUUGACUGUACUACAAGAUUAUAAAAAUACUUUUGAUAUACCUGUGGGGUAUUCUGGUCAAGAAAUCGGAACAGCUGUGGCACUGGGUGCUGUUGCGUUAGGUGCUAAGGUUUUGGAAAAGCACAUAACACUAGAUAAGACUAUGAAAGGCACGGACCACAUAUGCUCGUUGACUCCUCCAGAGUUCCAGCAGUUGGUGCGAGAUGUGCGCGUAAUAGAAGCCUCCCUCGGUACGCCCAUCAAAAAGGUUGUUACUUCAGAAAUACCAUGUAUUGAUAAACUUCAAAAGUCUCUUGUUAUGGGUAGUACCAAAAAUAAGGGAGAGAUAUUGUAUCCAGGCGACGUAAAAAUCAAGGUGGCGGAACCUAAGGGAUUGAAUGCGCUACACUUUGAAGAAGUUAUUUAUAAGACCCUCGUGUAUGACAAGAAAGAAGAUGAGCCCCUAAACAAGGGUGACUUCUGCUAAACUAGCUCCUGUAUCUGUACCUAGUACAUCAUUUUAGCACGUACUUGGUGCGUACAUGUGGUAUAUAUAAAAUAUAGCUAACAUAGGCUAAAGUGAUAAGCGACAAUGUAUAUUGUCAUUUAAAAAAAAGCUGUAAACGUUUCUUUACUUAUAUAUAUGUCUUCAUGCUAAAUUGUUUACUGGGUCACAAUCAUCGCCUAAACAUAUAAAAGAAUAAUCUUAAAUGUGUAUCUAAUAUUGUACCUGACUGUACUUUAUUAUAAGACUUUAAAUAAUGACAUAUAUAUACGAUAAAAACUAUGCUCAAGACUGUUGGUAAACAAGUUUUGUUUUUAAUAUAUUAUAUUAUUAAACUUUACUGUUACUGUUUUUUGAAAGAUAGAAAAUUGAAAUAGACGCUUUUCGUUGAACUAAUAUUUGCCAUACCAGAGAAUUGUAGAAUAUAUACUAUAUAGUUAUAUAAAUGAUACUAAGAUAUCAAUAUUAUAAUAUAUAUAGUGUAUAUAUCAAUAUAUUCCAUUAAAAAAAUGAAACUCUAAUAUUUUCAAUAGUAGACUCCACAAUAAAAAAUAUUAUAAGUGUAGAAUUAAAUAUUUUUGUAU